CCUCCGCACGGCACGGACCACCGUCAGUUGCAGCCGAUCCGUCCUACCGACCGGUCCUCCCUUUUUUUUUUAAAUAAUAAAAAUAAAAAAGUUCAUCGACAUCCUCCGUCGCCGCUAAUUGAAAAUCGACAUCGAUCGCCACAAUCAAAAAUUAUUCGAGUGAGAACAAAAUCCAUCAACCGGAAUUGACCAAUUAUCAUUAGCGCGAUCCGGACUAGACAACCGAAAGAAAUAAACCCCCCCGAAACAAGAAAAAAGUGCGUGAGCUGUUCGGUCGGCGUGAAUGACAUCCGCAAAGUGUUUCCAACGGAUACCUUCAAAUAAUUCAUAAAAAGAAAAAAAUCUCGGCGUAAGUUCGUCAUUUCCCGCGGAUUUUUUCAAAUUUAAAAAGGAACCGAAAAAAAAACGAACAUCGAAACAAAGAGAGAAAAUUAUUUAAAUUAAAUCAUUUCACCAUGGGAGUGAAGUGGACGGCGGGAUUGGCCGUUGUGGCUUUGUUACUGGGCGCGGUACACGCCAAUAACGGCGUUCUAAUCAAAUCGAAAUCUGGACAGCCGCUGACGUCCAGCACUCUACACUGGGUGGCCGUCACGGCCGGCAGGAUGCCAGAAGACGCCGUCGAGGGUGGCCAGGGAACGUACGUCUGCCGGUUCCAGCACGUCGGCCGACUGGAGAUCGGAGCCACCGACGAGGAGGAAUCCAGCAGCUGCCGGAUCGUCUACUACGGCAACAUCAUCAUCCGCGACAAGUUCGAAGUCCUGGUCAACGUCCAGCAGGCCGGCCGGCUCGUCUGGACCAAAUGGGAUCGAUCGCUGACGUCCUUCGUCGGGGCCGUCCAGGUCGGCGACCAGUACGUCGGCCGGGUCAAAACGGCCGACGGCUAUCGAUUGGGACACCUGGACCCGACAGUCCAGCGCGGGCGGAUGUUCACCAUCGACCAGGUGGAGGAUCAGGUGGUCGAGUCGAGCGAAGGCGAAAUCCUGACGGAAAUCGAGGCCAUCGAUUACGAAUUGGGUCCCAUCCAAGUGGCCCGCAACCGUCGCAAAAUGCAGAGCCAAGAGGAAGUCUGUCUGGCCCACACAAUCCUGGACAACAUGACGGAAGACGGGACGGAAGAGGAGACGAAUGUGGCGUCCACCUUGUCCUACGUCGUGGCCCACUCGGCCUACCUGAGCCACGUCCGCGGGAUGAUCAAGGGACUGCCGGCCAGCGUCCACCUGGGCGGCCAGCCCACCGGCGGCACCGUCCACUUCCGCUGGGGCGAUUCGACCAUCUCGGGCUCUUUCCCGCAGCUGAUGGACGUCAAGCACCGGCUGGAGCGCGGAACGGCCGUCAACGUCUCGCUGACGGCCAGACGGAUCACGUUCGACGCUCCCUUCACGACCCGAUUGAGUAUCACUUACUCGGAUCAGUUUGUCGGCAAGCGCCAGAUCGACGGCCAGUCGAGACAGACCAUCCUGGAAGACAUCCGGCUCCAUUACGGCGAUGUUUACUAUCUGAGCAACGGAUCCCUGGUGCCCAGCACGACGACGUCGACCGCAGUUCCGCCCAGCAGCACAACGACGACCGAGACAACGACAUCCACAACGAUGCCAAUGGCUUCAACGACCGACUCUCAGCCCAGUUCGUCCGUCACUUCGCCGCCCAGUCUCAAGCAGACGAAAGAGACUCUGGAACUCAAGAGCCGCAACGUGUCCUCCAGCCCCAACAGCAGCAGCAUCCAGCCAGUUCCGGCUGGAUUAUUUAGCAGCUUCCUACUUUCGCUUUUAAUUUUGAUCGUCGCCCGAUGAAAAAUGUCGCAGUUCAGUUUGUUUUUAGUGUUCAGUCUCACACAUCCCCCUCCCAUAUAAUUAUGAAAAAUGGUAAAAACAAAACAAAACCUGUGAUCGCACUGUAGAACGAGUGUCCAAUCCCCAAUCUUUAUAUAACCAAAUCCUCAGAUAUCGUAGACAUUUAAAAAAAUUAAAAAAGAAAAAGAAGAACUGUGUGUGCCAAUAGAUCUGUUUAAAACGAACCAACGAAACGUCCGGAUGGAUUUUCGUUCGUCGUGGGCUAACAAAAA